AUGGAUUUCCUCACUUUAUUUGCCAUCUACGUGGCGGUGGUCCUGACGUGCAUCAUCUUAAUUUGCAAAUAUUCAGGACGUGAGCAUAGUCCACUCAAUAGCCUCCUCAACAUUUUAUCAAAGGUAUUUGCACCAAUCACCCCAAAAUGGCUUCAGCAGUUUUGUCAGAGGGCCUUGCACAGACUGUUUCAUAAAAGGAACAACGUGCUAAUUUAUCUGCAAUUCCUGUUGGUUGGAGCUGUGUAUGCAGAGUUCACCUAUGAAGUUUUGGGUUUCUGCAAAGAGAUGGGUAGUUCUCUGACCAGCCUGUCCGUGCCUUACGUCCUACUCGCCUUCGAGACUCUGUUCUUCUACCUUUGCGUCAAGAGAGAUCCAGGCACUGUGACAGAGAAGACAACCUCAAGCCAGUUGUACAUGUAUCCGUACGACAACAGGCUGUUUCACCCUUACACCCAUUGCCCAACAUGUAAUCUUAUCAAACCUGCCCGCUCCAAGCACUGCAGAGUGUGCGAGAGGUGCGUUCAGCGUUUCGACCACCACUGCGUCUGGAUGAACACCUGCAUUGGCGCCUACAACACACGUUAUUUCCUGCUUUACUUGUUCUGCUUAUGUGCCAUGGCGGCCGACAUCGCCUUCCUGACUGGCACCAUGCUGCUUGAAGUUGUGCUGCAAUCAGGGCUCUUCUGGGCCAAAUACAUCGAUGAACACGGCCAGCAACAGCCAGCUGGUCCUCAAUUUGUCAUCCAACAUCUGUUCCUGACCUUCCCUCGAAUCGUCUUCAUGCUGGGAUUUGUAGUCUUUAUCUUCCUUCUGCUUGGCGGUUACACUCUAUUCAAUUUCUUCUUAGCACUCGUCAAUCAGACUUCCUAUGAGUGGUACAGAAGUCGAUCCCACUCUUGUGAACAUUGUUAUCCAACUUUAAAAGCUGAUGAAUUGAACGUCGCGACAGCUCACUCGAAACGAUUUUACUACAGUCGAGGCUUACUUAGGAAUUUGGGAGAGAUUUUUUUCCCUCAAAGACCUGUUGGGAAAAAAGACAGAUGA